AUGCGAUGGGCACAGGCCCUCUGCCAGCUAUUCAAUGACCUCCGGGCGCACUCCUUCCAUCUCAAGGAGAUCAACCUGAGGCCGCAGAUGCCCCAGGCACUGCCUGGAGACGCAGGCAGGGCUCGUUCUAAGCAGACGGCGCCCAAGUCAACGGGCGGGAAGGCGCCCCGCAAGCAGCUGGCCACCAAGGUGACCUGCAAGAGCCCGCCAGCCACUGGUGGCAUGAAGAAGCCGCACCACACCGCUACCGGCCUGACACUGUCGCCACGCGAGAUCCACCAGCUGCCAUCGCGCCAGCUGCCGUUCCAGUGGCUGGUGCGACAAGAGAUUGUGCAGGACUUCAAGACCGACCUGCGCUCCCAGCACUCGGCCGUCAUGGCGCUGCAGGAGGCGUGCGAGGCCUACCUGGUGGGGCUCUUCGAGGACACCAACCUCUGUGCCAUCCACGCCAAGCACGUCACCAUUAUGCCCAAGGACAUCCAGCUGGCGUGCCGCAUCCUUGGGGAGAGAGCAUACCUGUCUGUCGGUCUGCCUGUCCUGUCCUAUCCUCUCUCUUGGCUUCUUGUCUCUUCUUGCGUCUGCGUGUUCAUUCGCUGCCUGGUCAGUGCCAGGGAGAAGAGCCGCUAUGCCAACGUCCCAGCCCUGGCAUGCCCGCUUUGUCUGACUCACAGUGGCCAAGUUCAAGAGAUCCAGAUGCUCUGA